GCAGCCCUGUGUCGCAGGCACUGCGUGGGAUCAGCCGGGCUGUGUGCACCGUGCCGCUUGGCACCAUCGUGCUGGCGACCUUCGGGCAGGAGCAACGUGUAAACAAGCGAGAGCCUUGGGAUCCGUGCUCGGGGAGGGCAGCCGGCGCUGCGAGGCGCUCGGGCAGCGGCUGUGCACACACGGAGCCACGGGGACUGCGGCCGCCCGGGCGCUGGGCUCCGCUCGCCGUGCCAGGCUGGAAUCCUUCGGGGUGCCUCAGCCCCGGCUCGCUGGAUGUGCCCGUGGUUCCUGCUGCCCGUCCCCGAGAGGGCUGAGCAGCCAGCCCAUCCCAGUGCCAUCCAGAGGGGCUCCUGCUGGCCGGCCUCUCCCACUGCAAGCCAGAGUGUGCUCCUGGUAUUGCUCCCCGUGGCGUGGGGGAGGAGGACAGAUUCUGCAUCCCACAUGAGCUACGAUAAUCCUCCACCGUACCCCGGCCCGGGCCCGACUGCCCCGUACCCACCCUAUGCACAGCAGCCAGGGGGCCCCCCUGGCCCCUACCCUGGCUAUCCCCCCGGGCCCUACCAGCCAGGCCAGCCAGGCUACCAAGGAUAUCCCCAGUAUGGAUGGCAGAACGCUCCUCCACCACCGCCAGGACCAGUGUACGCAGACGGGCCGAAAAACACAGUGUACGUCGUGGAGGAGCGGCGGAGGGACGACACGGGCGAGAGCGCCUGCCUGACGGCGUGCUGGACCGCGCUCUGCUGCUGCUGCCUCUGGGACAUGCUGACCUGACGCCGCUGCCGCCCCGCCGCUCACCGAGUGCUAUGCAGGCUCCCCACUCCUGUCCCGACUUCUUUCUGUUACUGUAAUCAACGCUCUGCUUUGCACAGCCAAGAGUUCCCGUCUGUCCGUCCUAGCGCCUUGUCGGGGUGGGGGGUGCACUCCUUUAUUUUAGUAAAGGAAAAAAAAAAAUCCCUUUUUAACAUUUCUAAGACUUUUGUUGUAACUUUGAAGAAUGUGCUAAUGGUGUAUUUCAGCCAAGGGCAUUCUGAUGAAAUGUAUAUUUACCAGUUGAGAUUUUCCUAGCCCUAGAGACGAAGACAUACGCAAUAAUUAAAGCCAACAGUUGAUUUUUCUUCA